AGCAAGGGGAAAGAAAGGAUUGCCUAUUAAGUCUUCCCUUAGGACUGAGAUGAGGGGAAAUAACCGUUUAAAUGCCUUUCUUUAAAGAAAGCAAACAACCACAGAGCAAAACGCGAGGUAUCUUCACGCCACAGACCUCGCUUCUCGUUCAGAGAGAGAAAGCGCCCCAAAGCCAAAGCUCCGACUUAACAAAAAGAGAAAAAAGGAAAAUUAAAAAGAAAAAAAGGAAACCCCAGCUCCAGAGAGCGAGAGAGCGGGACGAAUCAAACCCCGUCACGUGACGGAGAGGAGGUGCGGGGCUGGCGCCCAGCCAGUGGCAGAAGCUGAUGGGUGGAACAAGCGGGGCACGAAAAAAAGACCAGCAUGACUAACGGAUCUUGAGGACUGUUGUGGGCUCCUUAUUUGGAUCUCCAGGAAUGUAGGCACGGGCAGUUUGGCGGCUCUUCCAACCCUCCUGCCUCAGCCUGGAUCCCUUGUUUUACACAAAGCAGAUCCCUCCCGCUUUGGGAGGUAAGGAAGGAUACAACAUGGCCUGCAUUUUGAAGCGCAAGGCUGUGAUUGUAUUUGGCUUCGUGGUGGCAUUUCUGCUUCUGAUCAUUGUCCGCCUUACAAAUGAAUUUGACUUUCCUCUGCUGCUCAACUGCUUUGGAGAAGCCACUGUCAAAUGGAUGCCAUUUUCUUAUAUACAGAGACGACCUCUAAGGACACACUAUGGCUAUAUUAAUGUGAGAACACAAGAGCCACUACAAUUGGACUGCAACCUCUGUGCCAUUAUUUCAAAUUCAGGUCAGAUGACAGAGCAAAAAGUUGGAGUUGAAAUCGACCAGUCCUCCUGUAUAUGGAGAAUGAACAAUGCUCCCACCAAGGGCUAUGAAGAUGAUGUUGGAAAGAGGACAACUGUAAGAGUUGUCUCCCAUACCAGUGUCCCUCUACUGCUAAAGAAUCCAGAAUAUUUCUUUAAGGAAACCAACAGCACAAUUUAUGUAAUCUGGGGACCUUUUCGAAACAUGAGGAAAGAUGGCAAUGGCAUCGUGUACAACAUGCUGAAGAAGACUGUGGACAGCUAUCCUGGGGCCAAAGUCUAUGUGACUACCGAGAAACGUAUGAGUUACUGUGAUGAAGUCUUCAAAAAAGAAACAGGAAAAGAUAGGGUCCAGUCAGGAUCGUAUCUCAGCACUGGUUGGUUUACCUUAAUUCUGGCUAUGGAUGCUUGCUACCAGAUUCAUGUCUAUGGGAUGAUAAAUGACACCUACUGCAAGUCUGAAGGAUUUAGGAAAGUUCCUUAUCACUACUAUGAGCCUGGAAGAGAUGAAUGUGAUGAAUACUACCUGCAUGAAAAUGCACCCUAUGGAGGCCACAGGUUUAUCACAGAGAAGAAAGUAUUUGCAGAGUGGGCUAAGAACCAUGCAAUAAUAUUUACACACCCUAACUGGACAUUGUCUUGAUGCUGGUUCUCAGACUCUAGUACUAGUAGCAUAAUGUUCCAUGCAAGACAUAUCUUGGUGUACAAUCUUAUUUGUAAUUGACUUGACCUUCUCAACUAGGUAGUGGCAUAAAUUCCACUGUGUUAUAAGGGCAAAAACCUAACACUCCAUGGAAGACAUACAAUAUGUUUAUUCUGUCCCUUAGGAAUGAGAUAGUAUAAUGCAUUUUACUUUUUAACUGGGUAUUCUGAAGAAAUUCAACAUGGCACCAGUUUGGUUUUAAGGUGAAAAUGUUCUUAAGGAGGGAGAUACACAGUCACACAGUCUCAAUAACCUGGAUGUUCUACAAAUACUUGAAUUUAUGUUGUAGUUUCUCAUUCUUAAGGCAACAUCUUUUUGUCUUAGGCACAAUGAGACAAAUUAUUAUUAGCUACAUAGCUAUGUAGUAAAGGUUGUUUUUUUGUUGAUUUUGUUCGCUUUUUAAAGUACAUGGCUACUAAUUCACUGUUAUGUGGGAAAAUUAGUGAUGGGCUUGGAAAGAUUCCUGAACUUCACUUAAUUCUACUUAGGAGGAUUUUGCAUGUCUGAUGCCCCAGGGUAAUAAUUAUGCUGUGAAUUUCAACCUGCUUUCAUAACAAUGAAUGUUCCAGGUUUUCUGGGCAUUUCCUCCAAAUCUCCUAUUGCAGAUUAACAGCUACAUUCUGCUCCUUCUGUACCCAGUUUUACUCUGAUCUCAGAGCAAAAGUUUUGUAAUAGCUGUGUUAGAUUCUAAAGAAGGACUGUGGGCCUGAGUAAGGAAAGAGAGGCUCAGGAUUCUGUACUUCUUAAAAUGGUUUUGGAAAGUGAAUCUUUUGUGGUCUUAAUUACUGUGGCUCAACUUCCUGCCUCAAAUCCUCUGUACUUAAAAAUGAGGAUAAUACUUACCUCAUGAGGACAUUGUAAAAACAAAUGAUUACAUCUACAGUGCUUUUUCAGUAAGGGAUACUUUAUUUGUAUUACGGAUAUAUACCCAUAGGAUCUUGACACACAUUGCUCUGUGUUUGUUUCCUGAGUAUAUACCUUUAUUCUUGCUGCGAUGAUUCAGUACACACUGACUUCUUUUGAAGAUUCUUAUCACAAAGCUAUCCCUUCUACAGGAAAAGCUCUGGAAUAUUUCACACUUGUCCAUUUCCAAUUGAGGUAGAAUACUGCUCAAUUUGUCCAUUGGCACAGAACACAUGGAUUACGUCAACAAUGAAUAUAGCUUUACAGUAGAAACAAGGAUCCAAUAUGCAGAGAAGAGAACUGAGAUGACGGGAUCAAGGUUUGGAUGGUGAGAGUUCUGUCGUACAGAAUCUUAUUACAGAAUUAUUUCAGUAUACCAGAAGAGGUAGAAUGUUCUUUUAACAAAACAAACCUUAAGGUCUGUGUCAAUCCCUAAAAGACAGUAUAUCUACAUUACUGGAUUUCAGAAUUACAACACUGUAAUAAUACUGCUAAAACUUGAAGAGAGGUUUAUUCAUUUUUAUAUAGAACUCUCAAAGAGCCUGAACAGUCACCCGGCAUGCCACACUGUCUUGCUAGAUCAUGAAAAGGCAACUGCAAAGUCAUAUUUUUACAUGUAAUUAUUUGUAUACGGACUGUCUUUCCUAUUGUAUAUUUGUAUAUAGAGCUCUAUAUUUUAUACGUCAAUGGUGUAGACAUUUUCAUUCCCUCAUCACCAUUAUGUGCUGGGGGUUUGUGCACACAUCAUGCUGUUAUGUGCUCUUUUCUUGCCUCUUUCUCUAUAGUACACAAGAGGUAAACACUCAUUCCUCCCCACCUGUAGGGUUUCAGUGACCUCUAGGAAAUUACCUCGAGCCUCUGCUUUAUUUGUGGGCUUGUAACUACCUCACAGGAAAUAAGAGAUGUUUUUCCUGGUUCAACAAACAAGAGUCAUAACAGAAUGUGUGCACAAACCUUGUACAGAAAACAUCUCUUUCCUGUUGUGCAUUUGAGUUCUCUGUUUUGUUACUGUUGCUGCUGUUCCAUUUUUCCUGUUCUUUGGCUAUUUAGUGAUUAGCAUAAAAAUCAGCCCCAAAUCUACAAGUGCUCAUGUAGCAGCCAUAGAGCAAACAGUUUAGCUUUUACAGAGCUUGUGCAAGAAGAUCUCCAGGAUCUCCUUAUGCAAGUGUAAGUCAGCUAUUUGUGACAGGAGCCACUGCUUGAAUAAAGGUAAUGCCUGCACAAGUGGAAGGUCCUGCAUUACUGUGCAUAAAAUUCAAGUGCAACACAAUUUGUAUGACCUGGUAUUAGUAUCCACAAGUUUUGUGAAUGAAUUGCUCUAACACUGACAUCUACUUAAUUAGAUGCAUUGCAUUCUUAAGACAAAAACAGAGGAUAAUUUGUGAUGAGAUAAGGAAAAUCCUCGACUAAUUACAGCUUCUAAGUGUCCCAGCAGGAGCUGCUCUCCCCUUUGGUAACAGGCAAAUUAGCUUCCUUUGUUUGGUGUUUGGUCUUCAGGACUUAAGCAUGGGAUGCUGUUGGAAUCUAAUUUCAUGAACCUGAAAGACUGCCUCAGUCACUUUUCUCCAACAUUAACACGUUUUGAGGUCUAACGCUGUCUAAAAUGUCUGUUUAGAUGUAGCACCUAAAAUAAGAUCAUGGUUUGAGCCUAUCUGCAGGUAGCUAGCCACAUGGGGUUUACAGAAGAAUGACCUUGAAAAAACCCUAUAUCUUAUAGUCAGAAUGAAAUUCAUUGUGCACCAGGGCUUAUGUGUUCUGUUUUGUUUCUUCAAAUAUAACAGAUGAAGUAAGUGGAUAUACACAUCCACUAAUCAUGUGCCCCAUAUUGUUUGCAGUGAGAGUGUGGAUAAGAAAGGUUAAAGGUGCAACACUAUAAAUAUGUACCUAGGAUCAAGUCUUAUUGAAUUCAGUAUACAGUAAGUUAAUUUUUUAGUAGAUAUGUCAGUGCCCUGCUUUGCCCUGUUAAGGGGUUAACCUGGAAAUCAAAUAAUUCGCCAAAAAGUGUGGGAGGGGAGUAGAAUAAUAAAAAAGAUGAAAUGGGAAGUUGCCUUUUUCUUCUUUAUCAAUGAGACAGUCCAAAGUAAUUAGGUAGCACUUUGGAACACUGGAAUAGGGCCACUGAAUCAGUGGGAAUUUUGUGAGCCAUGCCCUCCAUGAGUUCAAAUGAUUCAAAUAGAGCUCCCUAGUUGCAACUUACUAUACUAAGCAAUGGGAUUUCAGCCAUUGCCAUAGAAGUAAGCUUGGUUCUAUUGAACUUGGCAGUGUCAAAUCCAAUCUGACUUUCAGGGACCAUAUAAGAUUUUCCAAGGCAAGCAUGUAUGAAGACAUCAGCAUACAGGCUAGGUCAAUGGGCCAUCUCACAUCUCCAUAAGAACUGUUGAGUAUUUCCCCUGUUGACUGGGGUGAGACUAUGGCAUUAAAAGAUUAUGCAUAGAAAAUAGAAAACCCAGGAGAUUUAAGAAUCCCAGAAACAGGAAAACAUCUGGAGAAAAAGACAAAAUGGGGAGGGAAGUGGUUAUAAAGAGUAAGUUUAGAGGAGUAAGUUCUGGCUGGAUAGCUCAGUGGUUUAGAUAUCUGGCUUUGGAGGCAAAGGUUGGGAAUUCAAUUCUCCACUGUGCUUCCUAGGGGGAAUAGCUAGGUUGUGUAGACAUAGACAAGCUGCACAGUCUUAAGGAAUGGUAAACCACUUCUGAGUAUUCACGUAGAUGGAAACCCCUGGGAAAAGGGCCAUAAGAGGAUUCCCAGCAUGGUGUAGUGGAUAGAGUGACAGACUAGGACUUUGGAGAACAGGGUUUGAAUCCCCACUUGGCUAU